UCUGUCUCAAGUAGCCUAGCCUACUACAAGCCGCUAAACUAGACCGCAUGUUUGAGCUCAGUUGACUCAGACGCGUCUAUGAUCCCUAAAGUGCUCUCUCAGGAGUCAGCUCAGUCGGAUAUAGCACACAGCCUGCGAGUUUUCUGCGGGGCUUGUCUCUCGUGAGAUGAGAUGCGGGAUAAAGAUGGCUUGAGGCGCAGACACAGACAGUUCUCACCGCUCUUCGAGGCUCGAGGGAGAAGAAAGCUUCAGGAAGGAGAAGGCAUUGUGAGAGAUGAGCUUUCAGUCAGCCAUCAGCCGUGAGAUCUUUGUUCCAAGAGAUGAAAAGGUACUGGUAGCCAUCGAGGUGAGGAGGAGGAUAAAGAGGAAAGCACUGUCCUUCCUCAAUGCAGGUCGCAAGCGGGACUACCUAACCUACCUCUGCCUGUCAGUUACCAACAGCAGACCAGCUCAAGUCCUCAUUACUAAAGUUAAGAAGUUUCGAGGCACAAGACAGCUUGCUGAAAGGUCUCAGUGGUCCGUGGAGCAGCUGCGGCAGGUCAAUGGCAUCAACCCCGAUAAGGACACUCCUGAGUUCGACUUAGUGUUCGACCGCACCACUGAUCAAUGGAUGGCCAGCUCAGCUGCAGAGAAAUGCAUGUUUGUGCAGGUUCUGUACCACGCUUGUCAAAACUACUGGGAGGCCAAGCUUGCCCGAGCCAGCGCAGCAUCCCCUGCAGACCAGAAGACCCCGGGAGAAACGGAGAACAACAAGAGCCCUGGAGCUCCGAGCCAAACUAGCUUUGUCAACUGUCAGCAGAAGCUAAUGGGAGAUGCUUGUUCUGUUUAUAUGGUUAUCUACCGCUGCAAGAUUUUUUUGAACAGAAUGAAGAACAGUGUGACAGCAAACCAGGGUCAUCCUCAGCGUGAAGGAGCAGCUGUUGAAGCCUCCAGGAGCAGGAGCAGGAGCAGGAGCAGCGUGUCUCCUCCGACCGUGAGGAAGAUGGGGAACGUGAUGAGGAGGGCCAGUCAGGUUCUGAUGAGGGCCGACGAUAAAACCAGCCUCUCGCUGCACGGGGCCAGAGAGUUUGCAGAAGCUGUGCAGAAGCUGGCUCUGAAGCAGAUUUAGAGGUGUUCCUGAAGGCCUGGAAAUACACAGUUUAAUUACAGAGAAGCUCCUAAUCGUCUGGUCGCUGGAAAAUCUUCAAAUCUAACUUCUCUAAAUGCUGUUGUUGAGUGCAAGGCACUUUGUUCAGCUUCCUCUUCACCUGCAGACUGGACUCAUGUUUGUGUAUUUUGCUUUUCUUAAUGCAUCUGCAAACCAUUGAGCAUUUUAAAGCAGUUGUGUUGUGACUGACUUGCAGAUCUGUUUAUUCUGCCCUUUCUACAGUAGGCACAGUUUAAUAUAGCAGCAGGUGGCUGCUCCUUUCUGUAGGUUUAGCACUUCAGCUUAUUGGAAGCACCAUUUCUUUUCCAUUAACAAUAUAGUAAUUAUUUAUUUUGAACUCUUCUUUCAUAUGAUCAUAUAGAUUAUAAUUGCCCCCACAUGAUAAUGGUUAAUUAAACAGUGGUAAAUUACUCCAAUUGAUAUAACACACAGAGAUACUCGUCUGUAUGGUCCUCUGAUCUUUAGUUCUGGUCACAGGAGGAAACUGCUUUUAUCUGCUCUUUAGAUUAAGUUCCUUGAAGAUGCUACAAGCUGUUUUAUUUCAUUGUGAACACCGUGUUUAUUUGAAUGUGAUCUGUGUGUGAAUAACACUGUCAGUGCAGUCUUCGUCUGCUGCUUCUGUGUAAUGUGAUAACAGUCAGCUCUGUUUGUGUGAUUGUGAGCAGCAGUAUUAAGAGACCAGAGGGUGUAUGGAGACGGACUCCCUGUUUGGUGUUGGCAUCCUGUUUUCUGCUCAUGUCUUUCUGCUGUCAUCAUGUUGUCUCCUUGGCCUGCGUUUUAUAGCCUAUUUCUUUUAUGUCCAGUUUAGAUUUCAUUAUAUAUAUGUGUAACAGAGAAUUGUAUCUGUCUUUGUCUGUGCUCCUGUACACAUUGUAAACACCCAUCAUUUGAUCAAAUAAAUGACAGGGGACCUA